UAUAGACAAUUGCAGCAACACCGAGCUAUUGUGCACAUGUAGUAGAGCCCAUUGGCACAAGGUAUAAAGAGUAACUGGCUUCCUUCAUGACCAGUUCACUGUGGACGAGCGACCUGUGUACGUUUGUGAAAAUGAGGGCCGCGACGCUAUUUAUUUUUGCUGUGUUGCUGGUAGUGGUUUCAUGCCGACCAGAUAAGGCAGUUCUGAAAGAGUUGAAGGCGGAGGCAGCACGCAAGAAGGCAUGCCUGCACGACUGCUCGUCGGUCAAACUGGACCCCGUCUGCGCAGGGAAACAAGGGGAAAAGCCCAAGUCCUUCGGCAAUGAAUGUGUCAUGAAUAAUUACAACUGCGAGAAUAAAGAAACUCUGCAAAAGAUAAGCAAAGGCGAGUGUCCCGGGUCCGAUGGAAUUCGUCUAUCUUAAAUACUCAAAGAAGAACCACACAGCUUCAGGCAACCUUUCUACUUGCACACACACAAAUUAAUUAAAAUUUUUUAUGUAUGCUUUAUUUAACAACGCAUUAGUGUUUCUGUGAUUAUUUGCUUACGUUUUAAAAAUGUUUUGUCUUAA